AUGGACCGAUAAUCGGGAUUGUAAAAGCCCAAGGAAAACUAGGCUAAGUCCAGGGUCCAAACUACAGGGGUCGGUGUCAUCUCAUCUGGGACUAUGGAUACCCAUGUGAAAGCAGGCCAGAUCUACCUUCAGCACCAGAAGCAGGGCAAGAAGUGGAAGAAACUAUGGCUGUCCCUCUACCCCUCCAGCGGCAGUGGUGUUGCCAGACUGGAGCUGCAGGAUUUGAGUGAGCGCAGUGCUGGCUUUGCUCCAGGUGGGGCUGUGGGGGUCCGGAGGCACCAGGAGAAGAAGGUGAUCCGCCUGGCAGAGUGUGUGAGAGUGCUCCGUCUGCCCCCCCACGCCGAGGCCUGCCCUGGGGACAACAUGGCGGCCUUCUGCGUGGAGACGGAUGAGAGAAGGCUGGUGAUGGCGGCGGAAAAGGAGGAGUGUGUGGACUGGGUGGAGAAAGUGUGCGAAAUCGCCUUCCAGAAAGGAGGACUAGUGUCAUCAGCUCAGCAGCUCCGAAUGGAGGAAAACCUCAUCUAUGUGUCCACGGAGGAAUUGAGUGAGUUCUGGGUGAGUGUGCAGCAGACAGAUGCAGCUACGCUGUGUGGCCUCCAGGGGGCCUACUGGCUGCGUGUGGCAGGAGAUGAGCUUGUCCUGAAGGAGGCGGAGACCAGAAAGUGCCUGCAGACCUGGCCCUAUCGGCUGCUGAGACGUUAUGGAAGAGACAAGCUGACGUUCUCUAUCGAGGCAGGUCGCCGUUGUGACUCGGGGCCCGGCACGUUCACCUUCGACACUCGGCAGGGUGAUCAGAUAUUCUCUCUGAUUGAAAAUGCUAUAAGCGAGCAGAAGACAGCUGCUGUUGUCUCAGAUGCACUCCUCCCAAGCGAUACGAUUGGCUCCAGGCGGCCUCGCUCACCUCUGCCCGAACUUCCUGUCAGUGCCAGCAUUUUUGAGGGGCACAACCUCUGCAAAUCGUUGUCCUCAGCUUCUGUUGGCUUCGAGGAGUGUGUGUACUCUGAACCGGCGGAUGUGAUUAACUUCGUAAAGAACGUUAACCCUCAACCGGCUGAAUUUAAUGGCUCCGAUGAGUGUGUCUAUGCCCAACCAGCUGACUGUAUCAAAUCUCAAGGCCCCGCCCCCAACUCCCACAUGCCCCUCCCCCUGGCACUUUCACACCCCUCCCCUUCGGUGAGUCCCCGUGGCAACCCAACAGAGCCUGUGUACGUGGACCCUGUUCAUUACAUCCCCCUGAAACCUCCUAAAAUGGCCGCCCCAGCUCCCCCUUCUGCCUCCCCAAUCUCCUUUUCCUCUUCCCAGCCCAGAGACCAGUCUGAACCGGUUUAUGAUGAGGUGUACCACAGAAUUGGUCUGGUCCAGACUAACCAGGAUCCCCACCAGAACCAGGCCCUGGAAAAGGACCAUUGCAGAGAGGCACCAAUCUACACCGAGGCUUCUAUAGGGGCACAUUUGAAUUCCGCCCUAAGCUCUAUGCACCCUCAAGAGGAGCCAAAGGUUGACCCCUAUGCCCACCUCUACGCCCAAAUCGGCAAAGUUAAAACGAAUACCCCCCCUACCAAAUCAGGGGAUCAGUCCCCUGAGGUAAUCUAUGAAAACCUGGGCAUCAUCUAAAACUAAGAAUGUUAUCAUGCUUGGCUAUUUUAUAUAUUGGUCUAUACACAUUUUUAUUGUAUGUGUAUUGUGCUUUAUAUAAUGUUUUUUUUUUAUUUUACUCGUUAGCUUUUUAUUGUUGUCAGUAUUAACCUCAGCUACCAAACUCACCCUAAUCCAAAUGACAAUGUUCCCAUUGCUGGUUUCUGAGUUUUAGGAUCAUCUAACGAUACAACAUUUUUACUACAUACAUCAUAUGAGAUUCUUCAUAUGUUUUAACUAACCUUCCUCAAAAGUAAAGGUAAAAAAAUAUUUUUUUUAUCUUGGCAAUAGAGGCUGGAAUUUUGAAACAAUUCAGGCUAUGAUGUUAUUGAUUUGUGCUUGUAUGAUACACUGUCACCCUCAAUAAACUGGCAAUAAACCGUU